AAGGGCGUCUGAUCUGAUCUCAUCGGAGGAGCAGAGGAGGAUAGCGGAGCACCGCAGCCGGCGAUGGCGCGCGGCAAGGUCGCCAUGAGGCUCGUCGGGAACGCGGGGGAGCGCGCCAGGAAGCACGCCAAGAGGGCCGCAGGGCUCAAGAAGAAGGCGUCGGAGCUCGCCACGCUCUGCGGGGUCCCGGUCGGGCUCGUCUGCACCGGCGCCGGCGCCGGGGCUCCGCCGCUCGUCUGGGAGUCGGAGGAGAGCGUGCUCGAGAGGUACCGACGCGCCGUCCCGCCGGAGGCCCACGCGGGGCACACGCACCGGGCCUACCUCGAGACGGAGCUGGGCAAGCGGAGGGCCAAGCUCGCCAGGGCGCGCCACGGCUGCCCCGCCGCGCUCCCGGACUGGGACGAGGCGCUCAACGACAUGACCCUGGAGGACGCGCGGGAGCUGCUCCAGGCCAUCGACGCGGCGCUGCGGGCCACGGGAGACAGGAUGGAGGCGCUGGGCUUGCCUGAUGGCCGCGGCCACGGCCCGCUCGAUCAGCAGGUCGCGCCGGACUCUUCCGACGACGCCGUCAUGCCGCAUCAGCUCGGGCACGGUGGCGGCGUGCCCUGGGCCGGAGGCUACCCCGUGGACAUGGCCGACGCCGCCGACUUCCAGCAGCUGCAGAUGGUGCCGUACGACGGCGGCAACAACGACGGCCUACCCGAGCGAUUCCCAGGGGGACAUGGCUUCCAGAUGCAACCAGGGUGCGCUGGCGACAACUACUCGGGCGGCUGCGAUGGGAUGAUCGCGCCGGGCCUCGCCAAUGCUGACUACAACUACUCGGGCUGCGGCGACCGGAUGCUCGCUCCGGACUUCGCCGAUGCUGGCUACAAGUACGACUACUCGGGCGGCGGCGACGGGAUGCUCACGCUGGGCCCCGCCAAUGCUGGCUGCAACUACUCGGGCGGCGGCGACGGGAUGCUCACGCUGGCCCCCGCUAAUGCUGGCUGCAACUACUCGAGCGGCGGCGACGGGAUGCUCGCGCGCGGCUUCGCCAAUGCUGGCUACGACUGCUCGGGCGGCGGCGGCCAGAUGCUCGCGCCGGGCUUCGGCAACGCUGGUUACAACUGGCCUGAUCUUACCAUGUGGCACACCGACGAGGUGCGCGACGCAGCCAUGCCACGUGGGUACUACCCUGGCUUCGCCGACGGCACUCUGGCGCCUGAGCACUACUCCGCCGAGGUCGCCACCGGCGGCGACUACGUCAACACACUACCAUCUGGGGACGGGUACCCCAUGGGCAUGGGCAUGGACGUCGGCGACAACUUCACCAGUCUGGAGAGCAACUACACGGCGGCGCAUUGGCAGGCCGAAGCGUUCCAGCACUCUGACACCAGCACCAGCACCAGCGAGCUGCUGUCAGCUGCAUCAUCGCCUCGUUAUCUCUACUAGACUAGUACUUUUGUCACGUAAGGUGUUUAGGUCCAGGAGGAAGAAAGCGUUCUGUAACUUCUGUUACUAGGGAA